AUGGCUGAUUAUUGGAAAAGUAAUCCAAAAAAAUAUUGUGAAUUAUGUAAAUGCUGGAUGGCUGAUAAUAAAAUCAGUAUUCAAAAUCAUGAGAAUGGUAUGCGUCAUAAAGCUAGUGUAGCCAAGAAAGUGAAUGAAUUAACUCGUAGUAAGAAAACUGCUGAAACAGAUAAGAAAAGCUUAGAAACUUGUUUACAACAGAUGAAUGAUAAUGCUCAUAUCAGUAUGAUGAAGGAUUUGGAGAGAGAUCCGUCGUUAGCGAAACAAUAUGGGAUUGUAUUAGCUAAAUCAGAUACAGGAAAGUCAAAUGAAGAGAAAAGUGAAGAAAAGUCAAGGGUCAAUAAAUCUCGUCUUGAUCCACCCAAUCCUGAGAAUAUAUGGAAGGAGUCGAUUACACCAGAUGGUAAACAUUAUUACUGGAAUGUAGCUACACGUGUUACACAAUGGACACGACCAGAUGGUGUUAUUGAACCAGAUAAUCGAUCAGUAAAAGAAGAGAAGGAUAGAUUAAAAGAUUUUGUUUUAAACCGUUUAGUAGAAUUAAGUGAGUCUGGAUCUAAAGGUGCCAAUGAAGCAGUACUUCAAGCAUUUAAUCCAUCAUCUGUAGCAGAGAUCGAACCUGUUGUAGACAAAUUAUCAGCUGAUACAUCUAAUGAUGACCAACAGUUGAAUACAGGAAAACAUAGAGAACCUGUUCAGUUUGAUGGACCACGAAUUGACUUACUUGGUCCUUGGGUUCGUUGUGAUGAUAUUCCUAAACCAAAAUUACCAAAACUUGAUCUACCUGAUACAAUAAAUAAUUAUACUAAACAACAUUCACAGAUAUCAGAUGUUAUCAAUGAAAAGUUAACUAUUCUUACACAAUUAGAAGAGACAACUGAAAAAUACCAUGAAAAUUCAUCUCUACUUAAUCUCAAAGAGAAAGUAAUUCCUCCUGGAUGUUGUUCACUAGGAAAUAUUAAAAAAUCUGAUAAUAACAAUUGUAAUAUAGAACAAUCAAAUAAUAAUCCAGCUCGUAUUGUGUUUCGACGUCGACCUACAGCUAAUCGGACUAUUCGUCCACCUCAGAAUGAUGAAUAA